AUGUUCAUUCCUUCGUCGCCGCCGGUGCUCCCGGAUGAGGUUUUCAACGAGCCGCCGAGCUCGCCGCCGCUGCCGCCGGCCGCCUUUCCAUCUCGCAAGCGACAUGCAGCGUGGGAAGAUAGAGAAGAUAGCAGCAUGUCCAGUGAUCCCAUCUUCAGCGAGGACGCGUCAGAAGAAUCAGAAGUCACAGGGAUCAAACGCAAGCGCUUCGUGCGCGGCCCUUGGUACCAGCAUGCUCAAUCUCCGGCCGUGUCGCGUGUGCGAGGAGAGACGCGCAAGCCCGACAGCGGUGUCUGGCUAGGUUCCGACAGUUCGACCGACAGCAUUGGGAGCAGCAACCGUCGCAUGCAGAGCCUGACCUUCAAUGAGUACAUGCACAAGGGCGCCCCUCUUACUCAGCGCCAGACUCCAACCAAGCACCAAACUCCCACCAAGCCGAAAGACUCGAUCCAAGAACACGCCGCCACUAUCGUUUUCAAUUCCGUCGACGCUUGCAGAGAUUCGAUCGAUCUCUCUGAUAUGCACCUUGGUCGUAUCGACAACGAAACCCUCAAACCGCUCCACCAGCUUAUCCGCCUACCCGUCCCUAUCAACGACACCCAGAAGAUUACUGUCGAUCACUUCGCCCCACUUACUCCCAGCAUCAAGCUUUUCCUCUCCAAGAAUGACCUGCAGCAGCUACCGUCUGAGCUGUGGAACUUGGGCAAUCUGGCUGUCCUCAGCUUGCGCUCAAACUCCUUGACCGAAAUCUCACCCUCAAUCGGCCGCCUUCGCAACCUCCACGAGCUUAAUGUCGCUGGCAACCAGCUUCCCUUCCUUCCCUUCGAGCUACUCGCUCUGGUUGAGAACAAGCUUGUCCAGCUUUCCCUAAGUCCAAAUCCCUUCGUACAGCCUCUACCUCUGCCGACUUCGACCAUGCUUAGAAACGUUCCUUCCAGACGCGACGACUGCUUGCGCGAACUACAACGUCUACGCGCACGCUGUCCUGAAAUCGACAAGACUCAGCCGUCGCAUGAGGCUUUGCUGCAUCGUCUCUAUGCCUCUCGACUCCACGCCGCUUCUCAAGAGCUCAAAUCCACAUCGACUUACGUCGCUUCAUCGUCGACGUCUUUCUUCGAGAUUGAUGGUUCGGUCGUCCGUCCCCGCUUCCGCGCAUAUACCGCACAUGCCAGACCAGAUCAUUCCGCUUCAUUCAAUCCCCCUUCGCCACCUUCAUCCGUGCGGUCUGCCGCACCUUCUCUUUUUGAAUUGAGUGCACGCGCUUGUGCUCGUUCCCAAUACGUGGGACAACUGUCUACACUUCUCCCCGAAGAUGCGUCUCCACCUGUCAAUACGGCAAUCAGCAAGGUCAUGGAAAGCAAGGAAAUAGGUAUGCAACACUGUUCUGUUUGCAACAAGCAGUUUCUUGUGCCCAGAGCACAAUGGGUCGACUAUUACUACGUUGGACCUGGUAGUGAGAUGUGCUCCCCUAGUGAAUUGUUCAGGCCGUUCGUGCGCAGGGCUUGCUCUUGGAUUUGCGUUGGUCGUUUGAACGAACAAAGAGAGAAGCACUGGGAAGAUUGCGAGAAACACAUUCUGGAAUUGGCACGGUUCAUGUAA